AUGGCAACUAAAUAUUAAUAAAUUUUAGAAGGCAAAUAUGGAAUAUUGAAGGUGAUAGGGAAAGGGGAAUUUGGAGAAGUUUAUUUGGCAGAGAAUAUUUAGACUGUAAAUUUGAAUAAAUGAGCAUAGAAAUAACAAGUAGCUAUAAAGCAAGCAAUAAAGUUAGAAUUAGAGAAGGUGAAAAAGAGAUAAGAAUUAUUUUAAACAGAAAAAAGAAUAAUGUAAAUGAUAGUGAAUGAAAAUGUGAUAAGUUUGAUUGAUCAUAUAGAAACAAAAGAUAAGCAUUAUUUAGUAAUGGAAUAUUGUAAUGGAGGAGAUUUAGAUUCUUAUAUAAAGUUACUUAGAGAGAAGAAUAAAUAACCUUUAUCUGAACGUUAAGCGAAAGAGUUUUUAAAAUAAUUGCUGAAUGGUUUUAAAGGAUUAUAAGAUAUGUUUGUAAUUCAUCGUGAUUUAAAAUUAAAAAAUAUUCUUGUUCAUGAUGGUAUAAUUAAAAUUGCUGAUUUCGGUCUUAGUAAAGUUGGUGAAGUUGGAGUGACUUAAGUUGGUACUCCAUAUACAAAGGCACCGGAAGUAUUUAAAGGUAGAGGAAGAAUUAGAUAUGAUAAUAAAGCAGAUAUAUGGUCAUUAGGAGUUAUUUUCUAUUAAAUGCUUUUUGAUUUAUAGUAUCCAUUUGUUGGAUAGAAUGAAAAAGAUUUAUUUGAUAAUAUUGAAAAAGCUAAAGAUUUAAAUUUUACUCCUGCAAAAACUAAUGUUAGGAUUAGUGAUGAUGCUAAAAGAUUACUUAGAAGAAUGUUAACUAAAGAUCCUAAUCAAAGAAUUACAUGGGAUCAAUUAUAUUAAGAUCCAUAUUUAGAAUUUGGAUAAUAAAAGGAUCUAGGAACUUUUGAUUAGUUUUAUUAGAAUAUUAUGAAUAAAUUCUCAAUGAUUAGAUAAUUACAAUUUAAAAUUUAAGAAACAUUAGGUAAUAGUGAAAGUUUGAGAAAAGAUUACAAAGUUAUUAAAAAUCUAAACUAAUAUUAUGUUUAAUAUAUGCUUGCUAAAAGAAUCAUCAUUCUAUCCAGAAAAUUAGAUUCAUUGAUUUCCUAAUUGAAAAACUAAUAAAAAUAUUAAAGUAAAUCCUUAAACGAGAUUGCUAAAGAAGUAUUUUUUUGUUUAUUUAAUUAGACCGAGGAAAAUUGUUAUGUUUAUUAAUUAUAUUAUGAAAAUGCUAAGUUUAAUUUAGAAUCCUUUAUUAAUAGGAGGAAAAAUUAAUAUAAAGAUUUUGAUGAAUAUGUACUUAAUGAAUUAUAAAACUCUAAAUGUAUUUAUUUAUAUUUAUACACUAUAGAAAUGGAUUGGUAAUAUUAUACAAGUAUUGUUUUGAAUUAUUUCUAUUGUCUAUCAAAUUAAGCAGAAAUAAUGGAAGGUUAAAAUGAAACUAAAGCUCUUUAAUUUUAUGAUCAUAUGAUUGAUAUUUUGAAGUGUUUGGAAAGUGAUUCAGCUUUUGAGGGAGAAAAAUUGAAAUUCAAAUCAUAAUCAGUAAAAUGUUAUUCUAAUUAUAGAAUGAUGAUUUAGAAUAAAAAUAGAAUAAUGGACCUAUGAUGGGAGAAUUCACAAAAGAGUAAUAUAUAUAAAUUUAAAAAAUGAAUGUAAAAGAAUUGUUUGAAAUCAUGUUAUCAGAUAUAUGA